AUGAAACCCUCCUAUGGCAUGUUGAGUCGAUGGGGCGUAGUGUCGUAUGCCGAUACUCUUGAUACUGUUGGCAUUCUCGCAAGAAACAUCGGCGAUGUGCGGCAAGUAUUUGAUGUGCUUGCUCUGGAAGAUGAACGAGAUGCCACAUGCAUUCAUGAAGCCAUGCGACUUCGACUGGAUGCGCAAGUUGAGCGAAUCCUGGCCCGCAUACCAUCACGUCUCGAUGGAUUGCGUGUCGGCAUCGUAAAAGAGAUGUAUCCAAGGGAAGUUGACUCUCGCACACUCGAUAUUGUCGAUGAUGUAUUGGACCACAUGCAGUCGCUGGGGGCUACGCUCGUGCCGCUUUCAGUGCCCGCGAUCAAAAAGUCUGUAUCUGCAUACUAUAUUCUGUCCCUUUCAGAAGCGAGCAGCAACCUGGGCCGGUUCGAUGGUAUCCGCUUUGGCGCACGCAUGAAGCACACGUCCAGUACAUUUCACGACGAGAUCGCCAAGAACCGGAGCUAUGGCUUUGGUGAUGAGGUCAAGCGACGCAUACUUCUAGGCACAUAUGCACUAACCUCGGAAGCUUGGGAAAGUCACCAUCUCGUAGCGACACGCAUUCGUCAGGGUAUUCUGCGCGGAUACCAGGCGUGUUGGUCCACACAAGAUCUUCGGUGGCCCGAGCCGACAGGCAAUGAAGAGCACGGCGUCGAUGUGGUAGUACAGCCUACGGCCCUGAGUGUGGCACCCAGGCUCGAUGAGCCCGUUAGCAGCGAAUAUGCGGCUGACGUUCUCACAUUUGCAGCCAAUCUGGCUGGUCUGCCAGCGCUCUCGGCGCCUGCAUCUCGCACCAUCUCGAUGGAUGAAGACCCUAGUGUGCAUUUACCGGUUGGUGUCUUAUUCAAAGCACAGUGGGGUCACGACAAGCUUCUUUUUCACAUUCUCGAGCAGCUGAACCAGCACACGGAUGUAUUUCAAGGCCCUCGGUCAUAG